GCCGAGCCGCGCAGCCUCUCCGCGCUGGAAGCGUCGGGCGCCUUGGAAACGGGCGGAAGCGGGGAGGAAGCGGCCGUGGCAGGAUGCUGAGUCCCGAACGGCUUUCGCUGCCGGGCCUCGAGUACCUGGCGCAAAGACAUGUUCUCACGUAUAUGGAGGAUGCAGUGAGCCAGCUGCUGGAGAACAGAGAAGAUAUUAGUCAGUAUGGCAUUGCCAGGUUCUUCACUGAAUAUUUUAACAGCGUGCGGCAGGGAACACACAUCUUGUUCCGUGAGUUCAGCUUUGUUCAAGCUACCCCUCACAACAGGGCAUCUUUUCUUCGGACCUUCUGGAGGUGUUUCCGAACAGUGGGGAAAAAUGGAGAUUUGCUGACAGCAGAGGAAUACCACUGCCUGCUGCAGCUGCUCUGCCCUGACUUCCCACUGGAACUCACUCAGAAAGCAGCGAGGAUUGUGCUGAUGGAUGAUGCUAUGGAUUGCCUGAUGUCUUUUUCUGAUUUCCUCUUUGCUUUCCAGAUCCAGUUCUACUACUCAGAGUUCUUGGAAAGCGUGGCUGCCAUUUAUCAAGGUCUGCUGUCUGGCAAGAGUCCAAAUACUGUUAUAGUGCCGACAUCAUCUUCUGGGCAACACAGGCAGCGCCAGCCCCCAAAUGACUCUAGUCCACUUGACGGAGUAGAGGCCUCUCUCUUCUACCAGUGCGUAGAGUCCUUGUGUGACAGAUCAAAAUACAGCUGUCCACCUUCUGCUCUUGUGAAGGAAAUGUUGAGCAGUGUACAGAGAUUGACCUUCUAUGGAUUCCUUAUGGCACUUGCAAAGGAUCAGGGGAUCAACAGAGCCCUAGGGGCUUUGCCAGAUAAAGGAGACUUGUUUCUGGACCCUACCAUGGAUCAGGAACUUGAGAAAUUGGUGGCUCAGGUUUCAGGGCUUUGUGUCUCCAGUCCCACCAGCUCGAGUGGGGACACAGUGAAUUUGCCUGUUCGUAACUCGCCCAGGAUGAACUCUCCCUGGAAACCUCUACACCAUCGGCGAAAAAUGGAUGCUGAGAGCGAAGGCUCCAAUGAAGAGACAGACUCUUCAGAAAACUGAAGGUUGUGAGGGUGAACACUGCUCCCAACUUCAGUUUCUGCAGAACCCACUGGAGGAACAGCAUCUCCUCUCAGAGCAUCUGCUCUGACGGUGGGUCCUGUCUACGUCACCCGUGUAUGUGUGUGUGGCUGUGCCAGUCCCCGCUGUCAGGUCGACUCAUCUAUUCCCAGAACGAACUCUUACCUUUUUUCCCAGCUCUAAAUUGAACCAGGAAUAGUUCCUCUACAGAAGCUAUGUCCAGCUACAGAACUAUGCUACCCUCUGCUGGCCAAGUAAGACAUACCAGCUCUGCCUCCACUUGAGUAUACUCUGAUCGGGUUUCUCCCUCGAGGUUCAGCAGGUAGUGGGAGUGCUAGCGCAGGCUGCUUGCCAGUGUUCUGUUGUAUAGCUGUGUUCAGACUUGGCCUAGAUAAUAGAGCAGUUAAAUAGCCAGCAGCAGCUCUGCACUUAUGCUUCUUUAUAAUUAUUCCCAGCAAAGCUGCACCUGCAUACAAUCAAAGGUAAAGAAACUCCUCAGGUUCCUAGGAAAGAAGGGCUGGGCUAUUGCCAUGCUGCUUAUCUCUGCUUUCUCUCCCACUUGCCAAAGCAAUCAGCUGGACUGCAAGGUGCCUUCUGUGAGGCAUUCCAGUGCUUCCAUCAUUUGGAAAAGCCAGUUUCAAAAGAAAGUAUUUAAAUCCCUCAGCCAUGGGUGAUAAGGCUUGCAGGCAUAGAGGGCUGGGCUUGGCUAGGCUAAAGCAGUGAGGGGGCAAAGCAGCAGUUAUCAAACAAGUCCUGUGUAUGUUAUUUCAUAAACAGCAUGUAUGUAGCAUCAUAGCAUGGGUAGCAUCUCAUUGUAUUUGUGAUAACUCACUCAGUAGUUUGGCCUCCAUCACUCUGAAAACUGCCUAAUCCAGCUUCUGUGCUACAACUUGCUUAGACUAGUCACUUCCCAGGGAACUUCAAUUUCUUUGGAAGCCUGUAUUUUGCCCAUAAAAUGCAGUGUGGGCUACCAAGAGCUGGUAACCCAAAGCUUGUAGCAGCCCUAAGCCAAGCAGCCAUAACACAUGCUGGAGCUAUUUUGAGAUUAAUCCCAUAACUGCUGCUGAGUCUGUACCAAAGUCCCAAGUGUGGAGGUGGGAGGAACUAUUUAUUGUAAGUUACCUUAUUUAUUGAUGUGCUUCCUCCAUGCACUUUCUCUCCCCCCCCCAGCGAGUGCCAGCCCAACAAUAAAGCACACUGCACAAUGCCA